AUAAGAAGGGGGUGUGUUUCUUGCCAAACCCAUCACCCAAGAGCCAACGGCACACACGACACACGGCACCCUUGACACUUGUAGCUUACUACGAGUAUUGUCACUGCAAACUGAAGUCAGUUGAAUAGAUUUGACUUGCCUUUUUUCCUAUGAAAAUGUUGUGUAAAGUUAUUUUGCUUUUGGUAGUUGCUGCAAGUGUGCAGGCUUCCAAUAAAUACUCAAAGGAAGCAAACGAGGAUGAUGAUACGUUUACGGCUGGUAUGGAAUAUGAUCCAAGUCCUUUUAGAAUGCAGAAAGUCAACUUGCUGUGGAACAAGGCAAAGAAGAGGGUUUCUGGACAAGACCUUGCAGACCUUUAUGCUGACCUAAAGGUCCAUGAUAAAUAUGAAGCGAAUCUAAAGAAAGUUCGGUCUGAAAAUAAAGAUGAAGAUGGAACAAUAGAAGAGAAAGUUCUUACAAACUACAAACGCAUUAUGACACGCUAUUUACCAGACAGUCUGCCAGCUGAGAGCAGGGAGACAAAUGAAAUCCCUUUGUAUGACGACUUUUAUGAACCGGAAAAAGAAGUUUUUUUCCAGGAUUCCAAGCUGCAGAACAUGUGGGUGAGGGCUCAGCAAGCAGGUUUCUCAGAGGAAGAUCUGAAUACUUUGAAGGUAGAAUUUGAGCACCAACAAAUGAAGAUUCAUGAAUUUGAAUUCGUCCAUCGGGAACUUUAUAACAAUGCUGGUACAGAGGACAAUACUGUUGACGUUAGUCAAAUGAAACUCAACCUGUCCCCUGACGAGGUGAACAUGAAAGUUGAGGAACUAAAGAAUACCAAGACCAACGUCAAGGAAGGUUUCAUGAAAUUGGAAAAGUUGGCUUCUUCUCUGCCUAGUUCAGAGCCAGCUUUUCAGGACUCUAGAGUUCAGGCUCUUUGGUCCAUGGCCAAGAAAACAAACUGGACUUCUGAAGAGUUGAGCAGCUUCCAGGAGGAGUUGCACCAUUUUGAAACUCGAGUUAGCAAACACAGGUAUUAUGUGAAUGAGCUGAAGUAUGCAAAGGAAGCAGUGGAAGCUGGGGAAGGAGAGGAGUCGAUUGAGAAACACGAGUUCUUGACGGAGAAAGCAAGCGUGAUGAAGAAGACGAUUGGGAAGAUUCACAGCGGUUUGAAGGAGAGAGUGGAAGAAGCUCUUGAGCAUAUUGAGCUUUAAAACACCCCUUGUUGCUACCACAGUACAGAAGUGAUAUGAAAGACUUAUUUUCUUUUACUAUAUCCUGCCUUGCAAAACCAAUAGCCUUUACUUGUAAAUUUCAUUUACCUCAUAAUUGUAUUGCUAAUGCCACUAAGAUAUUACAAACGUUCCGCACUGUCAUUUAGUGUCCAAUUUUUGGCGUGAGUUUUAUUACACAUUCACAUCUAGCACAGGUAGCGUGAUUAUUUACUUAUUGUCCUGUGUUUUGUAGAGACACAUUUUUUCCACUCUGAUAAAAAUCUCAAAGGGCUACAUUUCCCAUCAUGACUGAGCAGCUUGCACACUCUGUGGUACAUUGCAGACAUUUGACCUCUGGAAAGUGGAAUUUCACAGCUUCUCGUGCCUUUAUGUAGUACGUAAAUUGGCCAGAAACGGAAAUGUGUAGCCAAGAUGUCUGUUUCAGAUAUUAUUAUAGAAAAUGUGCUAAAAAUUGUUUUGUUUCUUUUUCUCUUCCCCUAAUUUAGGAUCCAUAUAUCGGUCCAAAAGCAAAUGCAGAUAUUUUCUUUUAGUCAAGCAGAUAUAAUGUUUAGAAUAAUUCACUUAUUAAUCGAUUGAAAAAAAUCAGCUAAGAUAGUGAAUUUGAAAUUUUGUAAAGUAUGCCUCUUUCCUAUUUUUGAGGAAUUCAGGAAAUAUCACAUAUUAAUUCCCCGAUUUGCGCCAUGCCAAAAUAGCUUGUUUCCUUCAUUGUCCACUUUAAGUCAAAUUUAAAACUUUGAGCUUUUGAUUUCUUUUUUUAUCUUUAUUUUUUCCUCAGGUGCCAUUCUUAGCAAAUGACUCCAUGCCGUUAGUAAAAUAAGAUGAGUUUUUAUUCGGGGGGGGGGGUAUGUAAUUUGGUUUUCUGGGGUUUUUUCAUUGAAGACUGGCUUAUAAUCCACAAUCAUUUGCCUAGUUUUCUGACUAAGCUGAAGAAUUUUUUUGGGGAUGUAGAUAGUGAUGUGUUGUGAGCGCCGUAAAACCUUACUAAAACAAUGAUGUUUUGUUAUGGUGAACCUGUCUCAAGUUCACUUGAAAUGCUUUAAGUAUUUUUGUCUAUUCUUUCUCGCCCAAGAUUAGAACUGAUGUUUUAGAUUUUUAUCUGUGAAACUACCCAUGUAUCUCCCCAUGUCUAGUCAGUAUUUAUUAUCAACUUUUUUUACAUCUUACUUACCUCCUGUUUUACAGAAUUGUCAUUAACAUAAUGAUGUUUGUCAUAAACAUAAUGAUGUUGGGUUUUUUUAAAUGUUCAUCGAAGAAUUUGGAAAAUAUGAGCAGUGGUUGUGUCUGUGUUGCAAUGAAUAUGUUAAUAUCAACUUGAAAAUGUACAUGUUGUUCCAUGAGGCACAUUGUGAAGGUUGGAAAUUGGGCUGCCGUUCAUUUUUACGGACAAAUAUGUGUCUGACGUAGUGCCAGUGAUAGCAAGGCAGCUUUUAGGUUUUUACCUGAAGGCAAAAGUCAGUAUGCAAUUUGAUCGAUAGUAAGAACAGGUUUGAACAGCUCCAUAGGGAAUUUGUAUAUUACUAUAUCACUAGACUACUGAUAUUACUGGAGUUCUACACUACUAGGCACAAUGUAGGUCACUUCAUUAGUGGAGUUCUAAAUUCUCCCAUCAGGAUAUUAGAAUACAAAAAACAUUUCUGGAAAGUCAAGAAAAAUAAUUUAGGAUUUACUCAGAGAUGUAGAGAUCGAAAUUCCGUCUUGUGGAACGAGUUAACAUUAAUUGCCUACCUGUCUGCAGUGACCAGCAUGGAAUGUGCAAGUAUCUUUUGAGUUGUUAAGUGCCAUGCUGAAAAUAAAUCACUUGGGGCUUUCCAAUAAAGUUUUUGUAAUAGUUUUGCCUUUGAGAUAUACAUAGUGAACCUUGUAUUUGUACUACCAGUUUCGUCUUGUGUUGUAUUUUUAUACUGCUUUUAAUUCUUAUAACAUGAAAGUAAUAGCUAUUGUGAUUGUGAGCCCCCAUUUUGUGGUUAUUUUUUUAGUUUAUGGAACACCAAAAGAAAUUAUGAUGUAUUUAUUGUGGAAGUAAUACUUUUUCUUCCCUGACAACUUACUUUAUGAGCAUUAUCAAAUUCUGUGGUUUAUGUACCUAUACACAAUGUGAUUUUAUUGUAAAUUAAUUCAGCAAACUCUAUUUCUGUGUAUCUAAACAGAAUUCCAAGUUUUCUAAAAAUUCAUCUCUGCCUCAAUGCAAAAUUUCAUUGUAUGAUAAACAAAUAUUUUCCCCUGUAAUAAAAUCUCAAUUCUUCCCUCACUCCUAUAAUAUUUUACAUUCCAUGGAUCUGUCUUUUACUUUAUGAACUUGGUGUGUUUGAAAUUUUAACCUCAAAAGUUCAUACGAUUCUAGCAUUUUGCUUGACUCAUUUUCAGUUGUAGGAAACCAGUUCUUUUGUAAACAGCUGAUGCUUUAUGUCCAGGCUCCACUUUGAGAUUCUCAAUUACUCAAGCAUCAUAAAGAUGUAAAUAUUUUUGUCUCAUUCCCUGUAAUAAUUUUCAAAGUUGUCUUUGACACAUUUGAAUCCAAGAGUUUUUCGUCAGAAUGUUUGUGACCGCCAGUAACAUUUUGUUGAAAUGGAUUUUUUUGGUAUUGUUAUAUUACCACUCAUGAAAAAACAGCCUAAAAAAGUUAUUUGUCUACUUGUCGUUGAAAGUGACCUAUAUCAGCUGAUAUCAAAUUUUGCGUGAUGUCAACAAUUUUUUAAUUAUUAAAUAACACUUUAGUGCCUAGGUUUUUGGGGUUAUUUUAAUGAAACAGUUCGCACAAAAGUAAACUGACACUAAAGUAGGACAAGUUUUUCUCUUGAUUUUUUAUGCCAUAAUCUCAGUUGAAUUAUCUGCAGUUUUUCCUGUGUAACUUUAACUUUAAUGUUUACAAGUACAAGGUAUUCUUUUAGCAUAGUAUUUACCUUAAAAAUGAAUGUUAUUGUUAUCACUUUGCUCUGUAUUCAGAAAUGGAAAUAAAAAGAUUUAUGCCUGUAAUUAUAUUGUACGCUGUUUUGACAGCUUUGAGUUGUUUGGAAUCAUAUGAAUAAACUUGGCGUCGAAAUAAAAAUAGAUUGGAAUGAUA